AUAAAACCGUAUGACCCACAGUAAACUGUACCAGUCGGUAAUAUUAUUAAUUUAUCUCUCAAAUGUUGAACAUAAUUUAUGAACAGUAAUUUUAAAACUCAACAAGAUGAUUUCCAAGCGAAUUUUAAUAUCAAUGAUUGUCAUAAUUUCUUUGGCCGAAUUUAUAACUUGUCCGUCGGCCACUCAACCAGAUCCAGCUGCAUCUAAAAAAACUGGAGUUAAGCCAAGAGCUACGCCUAAAGCUGGAAUUACGCCUAAAACUGGACCUUCAGCCAUUGAACCAACGGACCCAGGAAUGGACCCGGAUGAUGAAACUGCAACGGAAUCAGAAAAAUCAAACGGCCUACGUAAAAAACUCCUUAGGCCUAUAAAGUUCAUAUUUCUUCCCCUGCGAUUGUUAUGGGGAAAAUUUAAAGACUUAAAGAAUAGAGUACAACAAAAAAAUAAUAAGGAAUCAAAAUCUGACGGAGAGAAACCUAUAGAUAAAAAUAAAAAAAAAGUAUAAUCAUAAUAAUUGUAUAUUAAAUAAUAAUACUUUCUAUUAUAAUACUUUUUUUUAUAUAUAUUAUGUAACAAUAAAAUCCCCACAAAUGCACGAUUACUAUAAAAAUUCAUAAAAAAAAAAAAAUACGAUAACAAUGUAACGUAUAGUAGGAAAAUAAAAUUAAUCGCAAUGAGAA